CCCCCGCUGCCGCACGGACUCCAUCUCCCGGCGUGCAGCGCGCGGGCGGCGCGCGGCGCCAUGGAGUCUGUGGUCUUCAUUUUCUCGCUUAUCGACUGCUGCGCCCUCAUCUUCCUCUCCGUCUACUUCAUAAUUACACUAUCAGAUUUGGAAUGUGACUACAUUAACGCUAGAUCAUGCUGCUCAAAGCUCAAUAAAUGGGUGGUCCCUGAGGUGAUUGGCCACGCUGUUGUAACUGUAUUAAUGCUUAUUUCAUUGCACUGGUUCAUCUUUCUCCUUAAUUUGCCAGUAGCAACAUGGAAUAUAUAUAGGUACAUUAUGGUGCCAAGUGGAAACAUGGGGGUGUUUGAUCCCACAGAGAUCCAUAACCGAGGACAAUUGAAAUCACACAUGAAGGAAGCCAUGAUUAAACUAGGCUUUCACCUGCUCUGUUUCUUCAUGUACCUUUACAGUAUGAUUCUGGCUUUGAUAAAUGAUUGAGAAGUUGAAAAAAGAACUGUUAGCUGCCAAAUUGGGUCAACACUCCAGUGACUGGUUGUGGAGCCACACCUUCUGAACAAACCUAGAUCAGUGUCGUCAUGCAGUAUAUUUUUCCUCUUUGGACAAGAAAUAUUUUUCUGUAUUUUUAACAUAAAAUAUUUUCAAAAUAUGUUGGAUUUGUGUAGCAGUUGUUUUUGUUCCUUUACAAGCCAAACUGCUGGAGCUGCUCCUUCUGUAAGAUGACAUCCUUGCUUACAGAACUAAUCUCAUAGACAUUAAAUGGUAAAAAGGGAAACUCAUUUCAGCAGCAUGGUCUGAAAUAUAGUGGGUAGGGGGUGGUAGGGGUGGUUCCAGAACAAAUUUAAGUGCAGCUCUGAUGCCUGCUUCUUACUGAAAGGUGUCAGGAUGUGCCUCUGACUGCCAAGCUGUCCUAAGAGAGCCUAGUUUGAAGCACCACUUGGAACAUAGAUUUCAAAGUGGAACAGCAGCACAGCUUGCAUCUCUGUGUCAGUGUGUUUUUCAGCUGAAAAGCAAAGGAAUAAAAGUCAUGCUUUUCUCCCUUUCCACCCACCUCUAUGAAGUUUUGUGUUUGGAUGGAUGAAGGUCCCUUUGGUGAAAGUGACACUUGUGUAAGAGUGAAAAACAGAUAAAUAAGAAACAUGAUUGAUACUUGCAAAUUUUUCUCUUCAUCUCCUGUUAUAUCACUGAAAUACAUCAUAGACCUCCAUACAAAGUAAACAUCAUGUCGCACCAGGGCUGGAAUUGAUUACAGAGGAAAAGAUUGUCUGCAGUCACUACUUCAUGAGCCUGCUGUGUCCAUAUCCAGUGAGGUGAAUCAAGAGUAUGUCUAGCUCAGAAAGGUGGGCUAGUAAAUUGUAACCCUGUUAUCCCAGUUCUGAUGUGACUCUGCUUCAAAGACACCAGCAAACUGAAUUGUUUUUGAGUACCUCUUGCAUCAGUGAUAGGUACAUAAAGCUGACAUUCUAUCCUCUGCCCUUUAUUUUAUUUUAUGUGCAUAGUAACAGGUUUUUUUGAAACAAACGCAUCAAGUGAAACACAAAUAUUCAUUAACUUUUCCAUCUUAAAUACUCCUCCUUUGGUGCAUAGCUGGAGUUGGCAGGUUUUCAUAGUCAGCAGUGAAAAAGACAACCCUGAAGCUUGAUUUCUCUAGAUACCUUGUGUUUCAUGUUUGUUCUAGGAAAAGUUUGGAUUUAAUAUUAUGAUGGAUGGAGUCUAAGUUCAGAUGUUGCAAAGAUGAAAGACUGCUGAAAAUUACCCUCAUUAAAAAAUAAGUGAGGGAAAUAGCUACCACAGCUGCACACCCCCACCUACCCAACACUACAGAAAUCAAACUACAGACAGUGUACUGCCUUAUGCAGCUGAAUCCUACACAGGAUGUAGGUGGGGAAAAGGAGAGUAAAUAAAACUUUAAAAGAGGGGAAACUUGCUAAUUUUUUUGUAGCAGCUUAUGUGGUAGGCAAUGAAGUUAUCAUAUUUGUAGGUGGAAAAAACAUACUACACGUGUUUUGGUUUUUAUCUAUUGGAAGGGUGGUGUUAGUAAACUGCUUAAAGUCCUUGCUAACAAUAAAUAAAUUUCAUUAAGACAUUUCUCAGUGUGAAACAUGAUCGUUAACCUGCAAGUCCACCACUUAACUAGCAGUUUUGUAUCUUAUUCUGAAGGUCUAUUACUGAUGAAAAUGUCUGCAAGAUACGUGUCUUAUUUCUGACUACUAGCACCUCAAAAUUAAAGUGACAGUAGAGUAGACCUGUUCCCUAAUAGAAGGGGUAGUUGAUCACUGACCAUGAAAAGCUUGGGUUGUCUACUAAGGGAAGUGUUUUUUCAGGGACAGGAGGAGGACAAGGACGAAUAAGGGAAAAGAACAUCAUUUUGGGGGGGAUGGGGGCGGAAAUGGGUGUAGCACAUCCCUGACCUAGAAGGAUGUUAUUGUGGAUUCUUCCCCACCUUCUUCCUCAAAGUGAACUAUUAAUCAUGAUAGACCAACAAAAAAAAUAGAUGUUUCCUCAGCAGUGACUGUCAGCUACUAAACAAGCUGUACUUCUAUGAGAGUGCAAACUUCCCACCCAAAUUCAGCCGAAGGUUUGAGUUUGGAAAAGCUACAGGAAGGGGAAAACAAAUUUAGCUUUUUAUUUAACAGAACACUACCUAAAGCUGAAUAAAAAUGCCUAAUAUGCAGGACAAAUAUGAGGUUCUAGUUUAAGGCACAGGAAAGAGGGACAAGAAUGCAGGGUUAGUUGGAGAGAAGAGAGGUGACAGUUGAGAGGCCUCUUCAAGAACUCUCAGCCACAGAAGCUGCUUAGGUCAACUUCAGGUAGAAGUCUGGAGGUUCCUGAUCUCCCAUUUAAGAGAAGUCUAAGCCACAGAUGUGUACUUUAAGAGCACCUUCUUAAUGUGAAAUACCAAAACCCCCACAAACCCCAGUGAUUGUCUAAAAGGACCUGUGUGUGUUGUUUAAGCAAGCUUGAGGGUUAAGGAAUCAAGGCUUUCACAGAACCUGAAAGGAGCCAGACAUUCACCAAGUUAGAUAAGCACAGAACAGGACUGCUAAGUGUAGUGAAAACACAAGUGUGAUAGAUUAGAGCCAAACAUCAAGAACUGGAAAGCCUGCACACAGCAGUGAGUGAAUUCAUCUUAAACUAAAUGGUCACAGGUGAUUUUUCUUGGUGAGGGAAUAAAAUACUACAAAUAGGGAAGAAAUCUAUGAUUAAUGAUGAAGAAAUUAACAUCCAAGUCAGUCAUAUAAGUGAAGUUAGGGAAACUAAGAACUAUUCAUUCCAGUUAUUUAUUCUGUUUAUUGAAUUGAAAGAAAGGGAAUACAAACAGUUCUGUUAAGUGCUGUGCACCAACAUGGAAAAAGUGUAAUUUCUUUUUUUAAAAAUCCUAAUAAAAACAAAUCAGAAGUUAAGGUAGUUCCAAUUGAACAAUUUUUAAAGAUAUGUUUAAAAUACUACACAUUUAUAAAAUAAAAAAGUUAAAAUGGUGUUCUGUAAAUAAUUAGUAAAACAAGUGAAAAUAAAUACGAGACCCAAAGUUCUUAUGUUUUUAAUGUAAUAUAGCAAAGAAAUUUUUAACUACUUAAUAUAAUCUGAAGAGAGUAACAAAAAUCCAGAAAGUUUAAGAACGCAGUUCUUUGAAACAUUUAAUAUCAGUCCAUAGCAAAUAGUCAUUACAUACCAAAAGCUCUAAGUGUUAACUAGUUCCACCACAACUCCAUAUAAAUCUCGACAAUUUAGAAAUCUUCAGAUCAACAAUAAAGUUCUUUUCUUGAUCUCUACAGCUUGGUUUGUAAGUACAUACAUGUUUGAGGAUCCAUUUUGUCCCAUAUGUUUUCAAGGAGCCAAUAACUUUUUCCAUCUGUGCCUAAAAAUGUUAAGAUUCCAAUCUAGCAUAUAUACCUUAACAAUGAAAAGUGUUUAAGAAAAAAAGAUGGGGCAUGAUGAAUUUUGAAUUUAUAAAAAUAUAGUAACCAAAACCUUUUGGUCAAAGGACACUUCACAUACACACAACUUAAAGUACAUAAUAAAACAUGACAAGUACCUAGAACAUUUGGUUCUCUAUCUGUUUGUGGAACACAUGCACACGCACAUUCAUACCAGAUGGGAGGAACACUCUCACAGACAUUUUACUGAAUCCAGAUUAUCUGGAUUAAUAAGACAGAAAAUUUGUCUACAGUUUAUUUCAACAACUAGAGGCAGCUACUGCAGCAGUAGUCCAACACUGCACAUUUCAGUUAAGUCCACCCUGUUUAAAAAAGUGUCAGAGUUAAUCAAUUUUUUUCCUUUCUGAACAUCAUUAAAAGUAGCAGUUUUCAACAUGAAGUAUGGCAGGGGAAACUGGACUCAAGCCAAUGUGGAAAAGACAGAAGGAGGUCAAAAAGUGGAUUAGCUGUUUACGGGAUGAGUGUUCCUCUUCAUAAUUGUCUUAAAAAAUUAGAUACAAGUGUGUUUUGUAGCUAAAAACAUGGAUAAACUAUUGAAAGUGCAUUUUUCCUCCUCCCCCUUGAGUUACAGUAGUUUGUCUGUUGGUCAGUAAAUCUUGCUUUCUUAAGUUCAUUCAGCUUUCUCUACCUCCCUCCCCAUUUGGGUCUACAUCUCCCAUCAAAUUACAGCUGACUGUACGAGUCCUGGUUUCCUGCUAAGGAAGCCUUCAAAACUGAUUUUGAGUGGGAGUACCUUUUAGCAGUGUAACAGCAUACAACUAGAAACACACUCCCAAGAAAAUAGUGAGC